AUGUGGUUCGGAGAGAAAGAGAGGAUUGAUUUGCUUAGAAAUAUCAUAAGAACAUCGUCCUGUUUCGAUGAGAUAUUGGAGUUCGAUCCUUAUGGCAUCAACAAGUAUGAUUUCGAAGCCAUUAACGAUAUCCUCGACGAUUUCAUUGGUAACAAUUCCACUAUUUCUACAACAUGCCCCCCCUCAACUACUGCUAUCACGAAUGGAUACUCUGCCACCACUAUUCUUCCAGCCGAGAGAUGCGGGAUCGUUACGAGUACUGGAGUCGCAAGUCAAACACAGCCUGCCUCCAAGGCCGGUAUCUCCACUGGGCAAGAUAAAAAAAUGAUGAUCAGUUCAUUAGUUGAAUACUCUGCCCAGGACGUUUUUUCUCCUUACGACAGCUAUGUUAAGAGCUUGACACCAAUUUGGAUUGAUCAGCUUGGAUUAGUGUCUGCACAGUGUUUUAACUAUCCCUCGUUUGGCCACUCCGCUAUAGGGGUGAAAACCAUGUACGGAUGCACAGCAGUGAUCAUAGCAUCCGAGAAGGGAGUGUACCUUUCACACAUCUGGGAGAGCCCCGUGUUUGUUGACGAGGCUUUCAAUACAACUGAUGACAGGUUUUUCACGAUAACUGCGUUUAAUUCUCUCCGGGAUGGAACCAUAUAUGCACAAAGUGUAACUGAUUUAAUUGGAACCGACCAUAACCCUGGCAUUCUGAAUGCAAUCUACGCACCCAAAGUCUUCGUCCUCACACCCUUCACCACAGAUUGGGAUCGACGGAACUGUGGAAUUUCCACCACACUCAGAUAUCAAAAGCGUGCUGAGGAGCUCGCACAAAAGAUAGCAGGCAUUGUUCCUGGUUCCGGUGGAAAUGGUAUUAUCCUCGGUUAUACACGAACAAGUCGGCAAGCAUCGAGUCAGGAACCAGGCAUUGCAGGAAGAGCUAUUUUGGAGAUUGACCCUGUUUACACUCGGAUCACUACACCCUACGACCCAAAAUCUGCGGGCCUCCAAAUUGGCCGUUGGCGUCUGUGGGUAGAGGAUCAACUGAUUACUUACCAAGACUUCUGGCUUCCUGAUAUUACAGCUCCUGGGACACUUCCCGACGGGACACUGGCUAACGAGACGUUGGUUGCGCCAGCUAGCACAAGAGCCGCCUGCUAUAGUUGA